AUGUCGCGGGUGAGCGGCCCCGGGCCGGCCGGCAGCGCCAAGGAGAAGCGCUCCUUCAGCAAGCGGCUCUUCCGCGGGCGCGCGGCGGGCGGCGGCGCGGGUUCGGCCCCGAGCGCCACCCCUGCCGCAGCCCCGUCCGGGCGGUCGCUCGGCGGGUUCAUGAGCCGCGUGCUGAAGACCCUCUCCACGCUCUCGCACUACAGCAGCGAGCCUGAGCCCCGCGGCGCGCUCGCCCCGCGCCUGCCCCCGCCGCAGGCCACGGGCGGCCUGGGCAGCUGCUUCCCGCCGGGCCCGCCGCGCAGCCCCGAGCCCCCGCCGCGCCCCGCCGGCAGCUCCGAGGCCGUGCCCGGCGUGGCGGGGCUCCGCAACCACGGCAACACCUGCUUCAUGAACGCCAUCCUGCAGUGCCUCAGCAACACCGAGCUCUUCGCCGAGUUCCUGGCGCUGGAGCAGUUCCGCGGUGGGCCGCCCCCCGCCGACGGGCCGCCGCCCGCGCCCGGCGAGGUCACGGAGCAGCUGGCGCAGCUGGUGCGGGCGCUCUGGACGCUCGAGUACACCCCGCAGCACAGCCGCGACUUCAAGAACAUCGUGUCCAAGAACGCGAUGCAGUACCGUGGGAAUGCCCAGCACGAUGCCCAGGAGUUCCUGCUGUGGCUCCUCGACAGAGUCCACGAGGAUUUGAACAAUGUGGUGAAUUCCAGUGGCAUGCCUUCCCUCAAGCCACCACUGGAGGAUGAUGUGCUGCUUGAGGGCCCAGCCUUUCCCAUCAGUAGCACUUUUGUGCAGGAACUCUUUCAAGCCCAGUACAGGUCCUCCCUGACGUGCCCUCAUUGCCAGAAGCAGAGCAACACCUUUGACCCUUUCCUCUGCAUCUCGCUGCCGAUCCCUCUGCCCCACACUCGGCCGCUCUACGUCACCGUGGUGUACCAGGGCAAGUGCUCGCACUGCAUGCGCAUCGGGGUGGCCGUGCCCAUCUCCGGAACAGUGGCCAGGCUGCGGGAGGCUGUCUCCUCAGAAACCAAGAUACCCCUGGAGCAGAUCGUGCUGACAGAGAUGUACUACGAUGGCUUCCAUCGUUCCUUCUGCGACACCGACGACUUGGACACCAUCCAUGAGAGCGACUGCAUUUUUGCCUUUGAGACCCCAGAGAUCUUCAGGCCUGAGGGCAUCCUUAGUCAGAGAGGAAUACAUGUGAACAAUAACCUGAAUAACUUGAAUUGUGGCACUGAGCACUCCCGAACAAUAGCUUACUCUCAAGGAACGGGGAAGUCUGGAAAACUGGAACAGUCCUGUCCUAAACUAGCAGCAAAUGACAAGAUUGUCUUGCUGGUGUGUAACAGAGCAUGCACUGGACAGCAGAGCAAAAGGUUUGGCCUGCCCUUUGUGUUGCACUUGGAAAAAACAAUUGCUUGGGAUAUUCUGCAGAAGGAAAUACUGGAGAAGAUGCAGUAUUUCCUGCGGCCUGCAGCCUGCUUGCAGGUUUGCCCGUUCAGCUUGCGAGUGGUCAGUGUUGUGGGCAUAACGUACUUGCUACCUCAGGAGGAGCGACCCCUGUGCCACCCAACAGUGGAAAGGGCAUUGAAGUCAUGUGGACAGGGGGGAACCGCUCAUGUGAAAUUAGUGGUAGAGUGGGACAAAGAAACUAAAGAUUACUUGUUUGUGAAUACAGAAGAGGAAUAUAUUCCAGACUCUGAAAGCGUCCGCCAGCAGAGAGAGCUUCAUCAUCAACCUCAGAUCUGCACUUUAUCUCAGUGUUUCCAACUGUACACCAAAGAGGAACAGCUUGCCCCAGAUGAUGCAUGGCGAUGCCCACACUGUAAGCAGCUGCAGCAGGGUAGCAUCACACUGAGCCUCUGGACCUUACCUGAUGUUCUCAUCAUACAUCUCAAAAGGUUUAGACAGGAAGGAGACCGAAGGAUGAAACUUCAGAACAUGGUUAAAUUUCCCUUGAGUGGCUUGGACAUGACUCCUCACGUUGUGAAACGCAGCCAGAGCAGCUGGAGCCUGCCAUCGCACUGGUCACCUUGGAGGAAACCUUAUGGCCUCGGCAGAGAUCCUGAGGACUACAUCUAUGACCUGUAUGCUGUCUGCAACCACCAUGGCACCAUGCAAGGGGGACACUAUACAGCAUAUUGCAAGAAUUCUGUUGAUGGCCAGUGGUAUUGCUUCGAUGACAGUGAAGUUCAGCAACUUUCUGAAAGUGAGGUGUGCAAGCAGACAGCUUACAUCUUGUUCUACCAGCGACGCACAGCGAUCCCCUCAUGGUCUGCCAACAGCUCGGUGGCAGGCUCCACGAGCUCGUCGCUGUGCGAGCACUGGGUCAGCCGGCUCCCGGGCAGCAAGCAGCCCAGCGUCGCCUCCGCCGCCUCCUCGCGCCGCACCUCGCUCGCCUCGCUCUCCGAGUCCGUGGAGCUCGCUGGGGAACGCAGUGAAGAUGACGGAGGAUUUUCAACUCGACCAUUUGUAAGAAGUGUCCAGCGUCAGAGCUUGUCCUCCAGAUCCUCUGUCACCAGCCCACUGGCAGUGAGUGAAAAUGGUGUCAGGCCCUCGUGGUCACUCUCCGCAAAACUGCAGUUCCGCUCCAACUCCCCAUCACGCUUCUCUGGAGAUUCCCCAGUACAUACCUCUGCUUCCACUCUCGAGAAGAUUGGGGAAGCUGCUGAUGAUAAAGUCUCCACCUCGUGCUUUGGCAGCCUGAGGAAUCUCUCUAGCAGCUACUUGGAGCCCUGCGACAGCAGUCGGCGAGAGCACAGGACGGCUCGCAGAGCUCCUUUGGCUGUCAUGGAAGGGGCGUUCAGGGAAGAGUCCGUUGUAAGGACAUCCAGCUCAGACCUUUCAGAUGGGUAUGGUAAAAGCUCUGUGCAGCCAGACAGGAAUCACCCUGCUCUGGACCCUUUUGAUAACAACAAUCAAAUCGCCUUUGUUGACCAGAGUGAUUCUGUGGACAGCUCCCCAGUGAAGGAGGUGAAAGCCCCAGCUGGGACGGGGCUGGCUGCAGAGAAGGCACAUGACACCCCUAAGAAGGGUCACAGCUCCAAAGGAGCUUCUGAGCCAGACAAAAGUUUGAGGAAGGGAAGGACAGUCUUAGCUACCCAAGAGACCAAAGUCUCUCACUCUUCUCCUCCACUGAAGAGUUCUCAGAAAGCUUCCCGGUCUAGAAGUAAGACAGACUCUUCUAGGGUCAGCGGGCGACACGGGUCUCCUGCUCCCACUCAGGCUAGGAAGGACCACAGCACGAAACCCCUGGAGGCAUCGGUCCCAUCAGCUCAACAGAAGCAGAAGUCAGGUUCUUCUCCAUCCUCCACAGCUGCCAAGAAAGCCCCAUCAGGCUCAUUGACUAAGGGCUCUUCCUCUGGGAAGAGCCGGACUUCCGACCGCAGCCUCAGCAGGGAGGGCUCCAAGAUCAGCCUGGGGUCGGAUAAAACGAGCGUUACCAGCAGCUCCAGGACGAGCUCCCCACGGAUCAGCCACUCCAGGAGUGACAGCAGGGCAGUGGACAGCAAGCACGUGCGCAGCUCCUCCAUGGCCAACCUGCGCUCCCCAAACGUCGGGGUGCGCUCUGGGCUGAAGAGGGACAGCAAGUCAGAAGAGAAGGGUUUGUCUUUCUUUAAAUCAGCCUUAAGGCAGAAGGAGACACGGAGGUCGGCAGACCUGGGGAAGACAACAAUGCUUUCAAAAAAGACAGGGAGUGUCAGUUCCAAGUCAGGCAGUAAAAAUGUGCUGGAGGACAAACCAGAGAAAGGUGGUGUCCCACCAGCAUCUCAAACCAAUGCCAACAUUACUACAAAAGAAAAACUUGUCUCAAAAGAUGCCACAUCUAACAAACAUUCUCUGCUAUCCAGUCGCAAGUCCAAGUCUUCCCAGCUAGAUCCCGGAGUCCAGUCUCCUCCUUCCAGUGGCAAGCAGUCUGCUGACAAGCCGCUGAAAAAGUUACCUUCCAGCAUGCAGGUGUCUGUACGGCCUUCUCUGGAACCUCAGUGAAAUGCUGCAAUCCAGGUGUCUUUUCUUCUGCUGAGAAGCUAAUUUAUUCUGAGCUCUUGUUUUUUGUUCAUGUGCCUAAUGUAUGUUUUGAGGAGAAGUUAACUGCAAGUUGUUAAAGCGCCUUUGAUUCUGCCAUCAAACCAAAUAGCCACAGGCAGCCAGCACUGGUGCAAGUAGCCUAGCUGGAGUCAUUGUUGAACAUGAAUGCAGCUGUCCCAUAGCACUUGCACAGGAGUCUCUGUCGAAAGUGCAACAGCUUUCUUCAGAUUUGAGGGUUGGGACGUGACCCCCAGUUGUACUGACACUGGUGUGCUUUGUAGAGCUGUGAACUGAUAUUCCUUUGGUCUUGUUCUGGGUGGGCUGUGUCCACACUGGUGUAUGGCCUUGUUCUGAGCUGUGGAGGAUGCGAAGGAAACUGGAGAGACUGUCGCUUCUUUCUGCUCUCAACUCUUUCUCCCUGCUCCCCCCCAUUUUCAAGCUUUCUAAAGGGCAAUAUUUCAACACUAAUGUUGUUUCUCAGGUAUAUACUCAGCCAGUAUAGGAGGGACUAGCAUUAGUGACGGACAGAAAGGUACCUGUGUGUCUCUGUGCGUGUCUGUGUCACAGAUUCAAUUUUUGCAUUCCAGCAGCAGAAAGUUUGAAAUGUGACCUGCAGUUUUUGUUGCUGUGUCUAUGAAGAGUUUUGCUUUGCCCAUACCUAAGGCAACCUCUACCCUGUUGUGUUUAACUACUUUCUUCUGAAAUGCUCUGCUAAACAACAGAAGAAAUCCCUGGGCAGCAGCUGCUGGCCAGCUUGUCCUGUGGAAGCAGUGCCAUGGGAGAGUUAUGUCCACACACCUGGAUGGCCAUGAUGCUGUCAGGAUGCCCCUGUUCAAACUCCUGGGAAGCAUUUCCUAGUGUGCUCAGACCCUUACCAUAGUGGUGUAAUUAAACCUCCAUUAUCUCUAGGGGUGAUGUUUAGAUCAAGUGUCACCCUGCCCUCUCUGAGCAUGCUUUGACAGACCCCUUUGUGUGGGUUGGAGGGGCUGUACCCAAAGCCCAGAGCAGUUUUCCUGUUCUCUGGAGCGCUGUAUGUUCUUCCCUCUGGCAUGCCUGUGCUCUCCCCAUGGGUCUGGCUGCCACAUGUCCCUCAGUGGAAGGUUCCCCUUCUUGUUUGGACGACAGCCUCCAUCAGGGUCAAAACACUACAUCUACUGAUGUCUUUGUUUACAUGCCCUUCUUAUAGGGGAGAUUCCUCAAGUUCUGUAAGGUCCCUCUUAAGGUGGAUUUUUUUUUAAAUUCCAUGAGUUUUUAUUGAUGUGCUGCAUAUCCUUUAUGUCCACAGCCUGUCGUGUAGGUUGUGACAAACUGGGAAUGUGCUGGGCAUGCUCUCUGCUGAGCAAGGUCUGUGCCUGCCCAGUGCCAUGGCACAGCUUGGGGCCAGGGGUGUGUGUGCUCUGUCCCAGCAGAACAAACUGGCCUGUGCCACCUCCCUUGCUGAGGUGCUGCUUGUCCCCAGGUCUGCUGGGCACCUUGCUGCUCUAGGAUCAGUUUUCUGCUCACCACACGCCUGCAGCAAGCUUGGGAGGGAAGGGUUGUGGGUUCUGGCUCCUGGGAGCGUGUGUGGCUGGGAGUGCCAUCGAGCUGGGCUCAGUGUGUGAGGAUGAGGCCACCCUUGCAGUGUCCUGGUGAUGUCCUGCUGUGUCCCCUCCACGUGCCCCAGCAGUGCCCACAGCCUGCACGUGUGAUGCCCUGGCUGUUCCAACCGAACGUGACCGUCCCCUCAACGCAUUCCUUCCCCCAGGCAUUGUUUCAGUCUCAUUUAUUGCAAAGAUUGCAUUGCUUGCUUCUGAAAUGUAUGACUUGGAUUAUUCUUGGAUUAUUUUCUGUUAUAUCCAGCAGAGCAGAUAAGACUUGCUUCACAUUGCAGUACUUAAAUUACUCCCUGAAAUGUUGAUGUUGAAGUAUUUGUUUAAGGUUUUAUCUGUAUUAAGGUCUUACACUGUGUUGGCUCUUCUCUUGUAACAACUCUUCUAGCAAGAAUGUAAUUCCGGUGGCUUAUGCUGACUCGGUUUGGGAUCUUUUAAUAGACAGAACUACUUUCUGUGCAUUUUGCCAUGGACAUUUGUGAAAGGUUAUUUUUAUCAAAUGACAUUUUUUUUUCAUGUCAUCACUCACUGAAGGAGUUUAAACUUGAAGCUGGUGUGUGGGUUUUGAGGUGGUUUUGCUCCUGUGCUGCAUGCCUGACUGAAGGGAAUACGAAGCCAUGUUCAAACCCAUGUUUUUGCUUAACACCAGUUCAAUGUUUGUAUCUGGAGCAAGAAAAUGGUCCUUGGAGCUCUCAUUUGGGUAGAAGGGAGAUGGGACAUCCUGGAAUUCCAGCAGCUGAUAAAAGUAGUUGAACCUCUGCAAUCCCAUGAGGUGCCAAUCUCACUCUCUUUCUGCACGUUCUCCAUAAUUCCUGAUGCUAAUUGCUGCCAGCUCCAGCACUGUCUGCUCUCUUCAUGCUGCCAGACUGGAUUUCUUUGUCCCUCUGGUGGUGCACAGGCUCCUUGCUCUGCAGAGGAGUGUCAGUAGGCAGGAGGGGCUGCACUGACAGUACAUACCCUCGCCUGUGAGCUGCUCCUCUGCUGGGUUUUCUGCUCAGGAGGGUUUGGCAUGGGGUGUCCUCAGGCAAAGUGGUUUGACCGACCAGGGUGCACCCGAGUUCACGUGGGACAAAAGGUCCAGGUGUGUGUGUGCAGGGGGAGCUCAGUCCCUGCUCCGUGUCUGCCUCAGGGCCCCUGGGAACAGCCACUCCUGUCACUCCACAGCUCUGCUUGUUGCUGUCACACAUCUUCAGUAGUAAAUGAGCUUCCUCGCACAGGAGAGGGUUGAAGGGUGUGCGUCUGGGAAACACUGUUCACUGGGAGUGUUAAUCAAAGCCUUGUUGCUGUUACAGUCAUGACUUCAUCAGUGCAGUAGGAUAAAUGUUUCUGCAAUGGAAUGUAGGUUAUUACAGGCCCUGCUUAAAGGGAUUUGGGGAAAAAUCAUCAGUCUUCUCUCCUGGCUUUAAAGCAGACUUAUCUCUUGUCCCUUUCAUGGCAGGAACUCCUGUCCAUGGUGUUGUGUUGUCCAGCUGCCAGGAUGUGGCAUGGUACCAGGGAACACUCAAGAGAGGGAUAUGCCAAGUCCUAGAUACCAACACCACUGUGGCUUUGCAUAUGGAUCCUUCAUGCAGCAGUGGCUUGAGGCUGUUCUGAAGCAGCUACAUGUACAUGGGCAUGUCUUAAAGUUCCUGUUUGCCAUCUGAAGCACUUAUGGCUGAUGGGGAGGUGGGCUCUGCCAUCUCUCCCAGAGGCGCUGCUGCCCAGGGACCUCCACCUUCCCUGGGUGGUGGCACUGUAGGUAGGAAAUCUCAUAUGGGCAUCUGAGUGCGAUGGGAGCUGCUGCCAGGUCUGUCCUGCCCAGCCUGUCUGGGGAUGGCGGGGUCUGGGACCCUCCUGCCACGGAAGCAAAUGUUUGGCUCACGGUGAUGGGAAGUGCCUGGGAAGGGGGAGGCCCCAGCAGGUGAGCUCCGAGGCAAAGCAGCCGUUCAGGCAGCGUUUCCAAUCUGUCUGGGGUUGGAGUGGCCUGUGCCAGCAUGUGACUUGUAUUUCACCCCACGUCCCUAGUCUGCCACUUGCUCCUGGGCUUGGGUCUCUGGGCGCAGGAGAGCAGCGCCUUCAUUCCAGUGCUCAAUUCCUACAGGAGUCACCUAGAGACUUUUUUUUACCCUUUUUGGGCUGUGUCUUUUGGAUAGUGUUUAGUAGUAGUCAAGUUAUAAGCACAUUUUCAAUGACGUGUAUUGAAGAGGCACCUUUUAUUUGUAUUAAUCACAUUUGAUAGACAAUUCGGUGCCUGCGGUUCUCUGUAACUUGUGUCUCACUUUGGGUGUGUAAAUUGUUAACCCUUUCAGACUUAUCAAAUAUGGAUUAAUAAAAACAAGAUGCUUAGGAUAGAAAGCUAGCAGCUUAACUGCACUUCUCCCACUGCAAGUGCCCUCCUCCGCCGCUGCUGCGGGGGUUUUGCUUUCUGAAGCCGAAAGUUGAGCAUGCCCAGCCCUUUUCCCCGGUGCGAGGCAGCUUGCAUGGCCGUGCUGUCCCCGAUGCAUGUCCCUACUAACUAUGCAAGCCUCUAGGCCAGCGGCACCGCGGCACCGCUCCGAGCUGCUGCUGC